GCGCUAUGCAAUCGAGACAUACAGUAUGGCCGUCUCUUACACAUAAUGGGUUAACGGAUACACAAAGGGUUUUCAAGUUAUACCCAAAAGGGCAUCGGAAUACCUGUCACUAGCCAAUGAUAACAUGGUACGAGUGUGACUGUGGCUGUCAGCACAGUUCCGAAGUAGGAAGCUACUACGAUGCUCUGGAUACCAAUGUAAUCCACACCCGCGUGGGAGUGGAUGACGUGACGGACGCGACUUUUGGCACAAUUAAUCGUCUAGUCCUCCCCUCUUUCCAAAUUCCGUCUCUCGAUCACCUCUAACAGCACCGUGAACGCCUGAAGCUCCUUCGCUCAACACAUUACGACAAUAUACAAUCUGAAGACCAGGACUCAAAAUGUCCGAGAAAUUGUCCAAGAAUUUUGAGACGCUUCAAUUGCACGCUGGCCAUGAACCAGACCCAGCGACGAACUCUCGUGCUGUACCUAUUUACGCGACCACAUCAUACACCUUCAAUGAUAGCGCGCAUGCCGCGAAUCUCUUUGGCCUCAAGGAAUUUGGCAACAUAUACAGUCGUAUAGGGAACCCCACCGUCGGUGUACUCGAGGCGCGUAUCGCUGCGCUUGAGGGUGGUGUGGCAGCACUGGCAACAGCAUCCGGUCAAGCUGCUCAGUUCAUUGCCAUAGCCGCUCUGGCGCAUGCUGGAGACAACAUCAUAGCGACUUCGAACUUGUAUGGAGGCACGUACAACCAGCUCAAGGUCUUCUUCCCACGUUUGGGGGUGCAGACUAAGUUCAUCAAUGGUGACAAACCAGAUGACUUCAAGGCUGCUAUCGAUGAGAAGACGAAGGCGAUAUAUCUUGAAAGCAUUGGCAACCCAAGAUACAAUGUUCCCGAUUUUGAGAAGAUUGUAGCAAUUGCGCACGAGGCUGGUAUUCCUGUCAUUGUCGACAACACAUUUGGCGCCGGGGGAUACUUCUGCAGGCCUAUUGACCAUGGUGCUGACAUUGUUGUGCACUCUGCAACGAAAUGGAUUGGAGGUCACGGAACUACGAUUGGUGGUGUGAUAGUCGAUAGCGGGAAGUUCGACUGGGGUAAGCACGGCAAGCGCUUCCCGCAAAUGGUCGAGCCAUCAGACGGUUACCAUGGACUGAAGUUCUGGGAGACAUUUGGAGCCAUUACAUUCAUCAUCCGAGCACGUGUCGAAAUCCAGCGAGACCUGGGCGCAGCGCUCAAUCCAUUCGCCGCCCAACAGCUGCUCCUUGGUGUGGAGACGCUCUCCUUACGAGCAGAGAGACACGCAUACAAUGCACUAAAGUUGGCGAAGUGGCUUGAGAGCAACAAAAACGUAAGCUGGGUAUCUUAUCCUGGUCUCGAGAGUCAUCCGUCACACGAGCUAGCGAAAAAGUACUUACCGCGUGGUUUCGGAGGCGUACUAUCCUUUGGUGUUACAGGAGGCGGUGAAGCAGGUAGCCAGGUUGUAGACAACUUCAAGCUCAUCUCCAACGUAGCGAAUGUUGGCGAUUCAAAGACGCUGGCUAUCCAUCCCUGGACAACAACACACGAGCAACUGAGCGACGAAGAGAAGAUCAACUCUGGUGUAACCGAGGAUCUCAUCCGUAUUUCAGUCGGCACAGAACACAUCGACGACAUCAUCGCAGACUUUGAACAAUCGUUCUCGAAGUCGGCAACGAAGCCUCAGGAGAAGGGUCAGCCGGAGAAUGCGGAUAAAACUGGCAGUGCUGAGCCCUCUGCUUCAUUGUCUGGUUCCACCUAGGAGUGUCUAGUGAUUCCUAGACUGUGAGGCGUUGGAUACGGCAGAGGUGAAGGCUAUGUUGUGAAUGCCCGGGAGAGCAGUCGGACUUGCGGACUUUUUCCUUAUACUAAUUGUAAUCUGUUCCUUGAAUCGUCUCUCCCAUAUCUCGUACGAGGUCGCAUGCUCGUUCUUUAGUUUGGUGCG